AUGACUCAAGCUGAGUUGACCGAUCUGAUAAACACACGUGUGGCUGAGGCUCUGGCAGCCUACCAAGCUGGUCAGCAAGCGCAACACCAAAACAACCAGCCUGCUUGCACGUUUAAAACAUUUAUGGACUGUAAGCCCCAGACCUUCAAUGGGACUGAAGGGGCUGUGGGACUCUUGCGAUGGUUCGAGAAGGCUGAGUCGGUAUUUGCUAUGUGUAGCUGUCCUGCUGGGGACAGGGUGAAAUAUGCUACGGGCACGCUUGUGGAUGGUGCUCUAACAUGGUGGAAUGCCCAGGUUCAGUUGUUGGGCAUCGAGGCGGCAAAUGCCACUACCUGGGAUGACUUUAAGGAAUUGAUCAGGGAGGAGUAUUGUCCUCGCGACGAGAUCCAGAAGUUGGAGAACGAGUAUUAUGACCUGAAAAUGGUGGGAUCUGAAAUCGAAGCAUACGUGAAGCGGUCGUAUGAGUUGGCUGACAUGUGUCCGAAUUUGUCCCGACCCAUGCCUCGAAGGAUUGAGCUGUUCAUCAAGGGAUUACCUCCACGAGUGAAGGGUUUAGUUACUGCAGCAAAUCUCAAUAACUUGACACAGAUUGUUCGUUUGACCCACAAGAUUGUUGAUCAAGAAGUGGAGAGUAAUUCACUACCACCGCGUGUUUCAGCCACUACUGCUCCUACAUCCACCGCAACUGUGCCCGCUAGUGACAACAAGCGGAAAUGGAACGACAUUGACAAAGCAACUAGUGCUAGCCAGUCUCAGAAACGGCCAUACAACAAUAUCAACCGCAGUAUCAGUCAAUUGUCUUCCGUCAAUCAAGGCCAAGGAGGUAGCCAAAAUCAGGGCUCUUAUGUUGGGAAGAAGCCACAGUGCAAUAAGUGUGGCUAUCAUCAUUACGGGCAGUGCGUCCGGACAUGUCGUAGGUGUGACAAAGUGGGCCAUGAGGCCAAAGAUUGUAGGGCCCCGCAGCCGAAACAUCAACAGCAGCAAAACCAGCUGUAUCAGAGACAGCAGAGGCAGCCACCUCAGCAGAACCAGGAGUUUAGUCAGCGACUAGGGUCAACCCCCACACCUUUAGAGGUUAAGCAAGUAGUAGAACUAGCUGAUGGUAAAACGAUAGAAGCUUCACAUGUCCAUUUUGGGUGUAAACUAGAUCUCGUGGGUCAAAUAUUUGAUAUUGACCUCCUUCCUGUUACCCUAGGUAGUUUCGAUAUAGUGGUUGGUAUGGAUUGGCUAUCUAAGCACCAAGCUGAGAUUCUGUGUAAGGAAAAGAUUGUGCAUAUCCCUAUACCUGAAAGAGAGCCGUUGUUGGUUCAGGGGCAUCGCAGUGGUGCGAUGGUCGGUAUUAUUUCAGCUAUGCAGGCGCAGAAGUGCUUACGAAAGGGGUAUCCUUCUAUUUUGGCACUUGUUACGGAUACCCCGUCAGGAGAAAGAAAGAUCGAGGAUCUGCCAGUGGUACGCGAAUUCGCCGAUGUAUUUCCUGAGGAGCUUCCUGGUUUACCUCCUCAUCGUCAAGUGUUUCGUAUAAUGGAUCAAAUUCCGUUUGAUGUUGUGAUCAUGGAAAUUUUUGUUAGGCUCCCUCACAAAUCACUAUGUCGGUUUAUAAGUGUAUGUAAAAAAUGGUAUGAAGAUCUUUCAAGUUUUGAAUUUUUACAGAGGCAUACGAAUCGCGUUAGUAAUACAGUGGAUGAACUAUUGGAACAAGGCAUGUUUCCAGAUCCGUUUGACAUUUGA